UUUCUAUGUACAAAAUAUCUUGCUUUCAAAAGUAUUUUAUUAUUAUUAUUAAUAGCAGACCAGAUAUAUAUUUUGCUUAGUAGGCCUAGUCUGGGCAUUCACUACAACUAAAGUGAAAGUAACUGGGACAGUACAUACCUGCAUGUUGCGUUUUCCCUUUCCACACUCCUGAAUAAAAUCCAGCACACUUCACCAUGUCCCUGCAACAUUCUCUCGAGCGACAGAGUAGAAAACUACUGCACGGAUACAAAGAUGAAACAAACUCAAAUGUGGACGUAUAUUUGUGUGAUAUUCCUAACUCUACAGAGUCAAUGCUCUGCUUGCAGAUGGCUCGACAGAUACGGGACUGUGAGCGCCGAAUCUCUGACGCUGCUUCGGGAAAUGAGUGGACAAUAUCAUGAGAAUGUCUGGGUGGAUUUUCCGGGGACCCUGUACAACUUGACAGAGAAAGCUGAGGUGGAGGACCAGGUGAGGUUUUUUGUCUUGACCUUAGACCACAUCAUCAAUCUCAUGGAUGACUCCGAGCACAUGAAUUCAGCGCAAUGGAAUCUAACAAAAGUGAAAUAUUUCCUAGAAGUCCUGCAGAGGCAGUCUUCUGAGCUUAAAGAAUGCGUGGUCCAAUACCAAAAGCCAUUGAAAAAGGAGUCUUACGAGAUCGGGAUAAAAAGGCACUUCAGGACUCUAAAGAAGAUUUUAAAGAAAGAAAAAUAUAGUGCUCAUGCAUGGGAACAGAUCCGGAGAGCUGUGAGAAGCCACCUUCAGAGGAUGGAGAUCAUCGCAAACAACACUAAAAAACGUUUCUGAUAUGCGUUUAAGAGACAAUGACCAACAAAUAAUGUCUGAUACAUUACACAGAACAAAAAAAAAAACUUGUCUUACAAACAUAACACUGAAAAAAGAAGAAUGUUAUAAAUGUAUUUGUGUAUUUACAUGUUUGUUUUUAAUUGCACUGAAUGUAACCUAGACGUGUUUAGAUUGACCAAUAGGUAGGGCUUUAAUGCAGAGUUUAUGUUAUGUGUUUCCUAUGAAAACUUGAAGUUAUCAGAUCAAACAAGCUAAGGAUGUUUUUACAAAAACCUGUAAAAACUUUUCUGUUUGGUUUAGGUGAGAAGAAGCCUCUUUGCCUAAACUAUACUCAGAUAUUUUGCUAACUAAAUGAAAAAACAUGCUAUGCAUUUCAUGUAUUAUUUGUCAGUCAGCCAUGUGAUGCACAUGCAUGUUGGGUACGAGUCAUCGUUUUUUUUUUUAAGUAAAUUGAAAUCGAUUUAUAUAUCUUUGUGCACAAUUUUUUGAUAUCCUAGUAUAUUUAUUGUUUUCAUAUUUAAUAGUAUUUAUAGUUAUUUAUUUGUUCCAACUG